ACUACACCCGAAUCCACUGGAAAUCCACUUGAAAUACCUCCCAGAUGAUGCUCCCCGAACACCAUAAGUAAUACUAGCAGUCACCUCUUCUCCCUCCCAGACACUAGCAACAAAGCAGUCAUGGACACUAGCAACAACGCAGUCGUCAAGCAUGCCGCCGCCACACCCAUUCUUCAGGAGCGCCUCCUCUGCCCGCCGCCAUCUCUGCUCGCCGACGUGCCCGUGCUCAGGAGCCAGGCGGUGCGCGGCGCGCUGCUGCUGGCUGCCAACUACGCGGCGCUGUUCGUCGGCUCGGUGUCGUCCACCCUGCUCUCACGGUUCUACUUCGCGCACGGUGGCACAGACCGGUGGCUAGCGACACUCGUCCAGUCCGCCGGAUUCCCGGCGCUCCUCCCGCUGCUGCUGUGCGCGCGCCGGCGGCCGUUCAGCGGGUUCACGCCGCGCCUCGUCCUCUGCUGCGUGCUUCUUGGCCUGGUCAUGGGCCUCAACAACCUGCUCUACUCCUGCGGCACCUCCUACCUGCCCGUGUCCACCACGUCGCUGCUCCUCUCCAUGCAGCUCGCCUUCACGCUCGCGCUCGCCGCGGCGCUCGUCCGCGUGCCACUCUGCUUCACCAACGUCAACGCGGUCGUGCUCCUCACGCUCUCCUCGCUGCUGCUCGCGCUCAAGCACCGCGCUGGUUCAUCAACCUCCGGCGACGCAACCGGCGGAGACUACACCUACAUGGUCGGCGUCGCAGCCACCCUUGGCGCCGCGCUUCUUUUCGCCCUCUACUUACCGGCCGCCGAGCUCCUUUACCGGCACGGCAAGUUUACGGGCUUCCACAUGGUGGUGGAGGCGCAGGUGAUCAUGGAGGCCGUCGCGACUACCGUGGGAGCCGGAGGCAUGGUUGUAUCCGCCGGCGCCAAGUUGCCGUGGAGCGGCGUUGAUCGCUCGUGGGAUCUCUCCCCGGCGGCCUACUACGCAGUCGUUGGGGCGGCGGUAUUCAGCUGGCAGCUCUGCUUCCUCGGCACGGCGGGCACCGUCUUCCUCACCACGUCCUUGCACGGCGGCAUCUGCAUGACGGCGCUGCUCGCGGUUAACGUCGCCGCCGGCGUCGUCGUCUUCGGCGACGAGUUCGGCGCAGACAAGGCUAUCGCCAUGGUACUCUGCCUCUGGGCCUUCUCGUCCUACGUUUAUGGGGAGUACAAGAAAGGGCGCAAGACGUCGUGGUAUGAGGACCAUGGAGUUCUUGAUCGAGUUUGAGUUUUGUAUUUUUACAUAUGCCCCCAAAUUAGAUAGGCCAAGUAAUGUCCCCCAACAGGCUUGUUGUACAUAAUGGGAACAUUUAUGUUUUCGGAAUCGCUAAUUUCAGCCGCAUGAGAUUUAAUAAAUCUCAUUGGACUCUUUAGUUUUUGACAAUCAA